AACCUAACCGGGCAUUUUGUACUGUACUCUAGACACGUCCAACAAGGACCAACAAAAUUCUGCCCAGCAAUACCAGAGUGAUUGUUGGAGAGAGAGAUGGCAUCAGGUUGGGGGAUAACAGGCAACAAAGGAAGGUGCUACGAUUUUUGGAUCGACUUUAGCGAGUGUAUGUCGCGUUGCAGGGAGCCCAAAGACUGCGUUCUUCUCCGAGAAGACUAUCUCGAAUGCCUCCACCACUCCAAAGAGUUUCAACGAAGGAAUCGAGUUUACAAGGAGGAACAGCGCCAACUGAGAGCUGCUGCACGGAAGACCAAGGAAGGCGGAGAUGCUGGAGGAAAAACUCAUUGACGGAGUCAAUUGAUCUUGUCUUGAACUCUUGAGAAUAAAGAACACAUUUAUUUGGCUGUAUUCAGUUUGUUCUGGCAUGUUAAGUUUUUGUACACGACCCUGUUUUUGCAUCUUUUCCCGAAUGAGUUCCGUUGUUUUGUGCAAAAUGGCAGAGCCAAAUGAUUUUUCCUUGCAUUGGACAGAAUUAUUAUUUACUGUCAUUGACAGGGUUUUGAUUA